AAUAUCUGGCUAACUACAAGGCAGUGGUUCUGUGUCGGUGCUGGACAUUUUCUCUCUUGUAGGAAGUGAUGGAGAGCGAUACAACUUUGGAGCCUUGUACGCCGUCCCAGUUGGCGGCACUACUGAGCAGUUUCUUAAGAAUGUCAGCCAUCGAAGUUCAGGGGAAGAAAAAAACAAAACAAAGUCAAUUGCGUGGCUUUUGGACCAUAGACUCUAGUGACUUGGGUAUCAUUGCUCGUUAGAGUGGCCUUGUGGAAGUUCCGUUAUAAUAUUGUCGGCUAUUAUUGUAAUCCAGUGGCAGUAUUUUGCUACUAGCCUACUGCUCUAAAGUAAUUCUGACAAGUCAGUGCUAUAGUUGAGCAGGAUGUACACAAAUGCCUGUGUUGCAUCGGCGGGCCGAGCGGUGCUUGAGAUGAUGCAGUACGACUGGGAGCCUCUUUCUCACGGAGAGCUUGACCAACGCCUGGACCAAGCAGUCGAGGAGAUCUUGGAAGCCCAGUUGAUGGCCGUGAUCCAGCACCCUUCUCCUGUACUCUUGCAGCUUUCCCGGUCAGAGGAGCCCUUGCUGCAUCUUCAGGCACAAUCGCAAGAUGUAGUGCAUCCACAAGUGGUAUUUCAGUUGACAGACUCGCUUGCUAUUUCAUCCAAUGCAGACGUUGAGCUACAGCGACAGUCCGCUGAAAAAGCAGAGGAAAAUCCAGCAGUUCAGCACAUCAUGGACCUCUUGAAGAACGCCAACACCAGCUAUAAUCGCAGUCGACUUGCCGGGAGAGCACGAUUGUCACUCUCCCACACCGUACUCCUCUCUCUCACCCUGCUUUCCAAACGUCGCAGCUAUCGCUCAGUAUCGACCAGUUUCCGUCUGGAGAAAGGAAAUAUCCAUAGAAUUUUCUUCUCCUUCUGUGACCGCGUCAACGCUCUGGAGGAACAGCAGAUACGAUGGCCGAAAAGUCAAGAGAUGAUGGACAGUCUGCUGCCCUUCUCAAGUCUGUUGGGGGUGAAUGAUGUUGAGCUGGGCAUCCCAAAGGUGUUGGGUGUUUUGGGUCACACUCGCAUCCCUAUUCGCCUGCCCAUUGGCAAGCAGGAUGUAGAGAAGGAGGAGCUGGACCUGAAACAUCUGACCAAAGACGUUCACCCAGACUCUUGGCUGAACCUGGAGUUUGUGUGUGAUAGACAAGGGCGCUUCAUUCACUGCCGGGUCAGCCGAGGAUCAGAACACGACAGGGCAAGUGACCUGAGGAGGAGGAUUCAGAGCAACCGAGGCAUGGUGCCACCAGGGUGCUGCCUGGUUGCAGGCACUGGUUACCCCUUGACGGAUCAGAUUCUCACUCCCUAUUCUGCAGGGCAUGGACCCAGGGAGAACCUCUUCAAUAAGACCCUGGAGAGCCACUUGUGCCGGCUAGAUCAGGCAGUAGAAGAUCUGAAGGCACGCUUCCAAAGACUCAAAUACUUGGACAUGGGGAACUAUGACCGAGCGAAAGCGGUGGUCUUAACCGCAUGCAUUUUGCACAAUGUCUUUUUAGAUAUGGGGGAUAUUGUCAAGGGUCAAUCAGGAAAGGAAAUGGGAGAACAGGAGCAAGACGGAGACAGAGAGGAGGCAGGUUUGAGAUGGAGAGAUACUGUUGCACAACAGUUGUACAGUGCCUUGGACACAGAACAUUUUUGAGCUGAUGAAGUUUCGACCCCAUGUGAUUGGACAUGUAAUGAUGUUUGCUGUGUACCUCCAGUGAGGCAUUGACUGUGUCAUUAGAUAGAUAACCAGAGACUGACAUCAUUACAUUCUUUCAUUCUGUCCACAGGACUAUUUUGCUCAAAUUACAUAUAUUGUUGAAGAUAUACAGUGUGUCCAUCUGGAUUUACCCUGUGUGUUCAGUGAAUGGUGUAUGGAACGCCUAGUGUUAAUAAGUUGUUCACCACCCUGGAGGUGUCCAACCAACAACUGUGUAUCUGUUAUAUAAAAUGUCAAUGAGUCAAGAUAAAACAAAAAACUUAUCUUGCAAAAAAAUCUUGCACUUGCAAUAUUCCGUGAAUUACUGUAGAUUUGAUCUUUACUCCCAGUGAAAUAAGCAACAAACACUUUAUCUUGAAUUUUUUAUUAAAAGUAUAAUACAGACUUCUUAUUAACAAAUAUAUUUUUUGCUAAACGAGGAUGUCACUGAUAAAUAUGCACACCAGGAUUGUGACCCACAAAAAAAUAUACCAACAAUAGAUUAAGUUGAAUGUCUUUCAGAAUGAAACAGUGGGAUAUUGUGGGAUAUCAUUACUAAUCUGUUUUAGUAUAUAUUACAACUGUUUUUUUGUACAACUACAUGUUAUUAGGUCAUUAACUUGCAUAACCUGGAAAAAAGCUUGAUAGGCUGACGACAGUGUUGGUUUAUCACUCACAUCUAUGUAUUCCCACUUCAUCCAAACACAAUACCUUGUAUCUUAACUCCACCUCAAACACAUUCACACACACAAAGGUCACUCCCUUUUUCAUUACAUUUCAAUAUUGUCAGGGGCUUGGAGGAGAGGCUUCUUAGAGAGUUGACGGAGGAUAUUGUUAUCGUUAAAAAGGACCAUUGUUGGCUUCAAGAGAGUAAUUCCUGACCGCCUUGACCCUGGA